AUGUUGGCCCCCGGCGCAGAGACAAGCCAAACUGAAGUCGAGAGAGGCAGUCAGGAAAACAAGGACUCCCUUUCAGAUGUUGCAUUGCUGGAAACACUUGGAUACAAACCGGUUCUUCAUCGGACCUACACGUUCUUGGAAAGUUUUGCAACAACGUUCGCAGCUGGUGGCAACUUGGCAUAUUGGACAAACUACCUGAUCACCGCUGUCUUCACCGGAAUUACUGCUUCUGUGAUUGCGGAGAUCUGCUCUGCCUUGCCCUCAGCUGGCUCCAUUUACCUCUGGGCUGCAGAGGCUGGUGGUCCCAAGUAUGGACGCCUGCUGGGGUUUGUCGUUGCUUGGUGGAGUACCACGGCAUGGACGACAUUCUGCGCAAGUAACACUCAAUCUGCCGUAAACUACAUUCUAUCAGAAUUGACCGUGUUCAACGUUGAUUUCCCCAAAAAUGUAGACGAUGUCAAGUUCAGGGCCGUCCAAUGGAUAUGCACUGAGGUCCUGCUUGCUAUAGCAGCCAUAGUCAAUUUCCUCCCACCGAGAAUGUUCAGAUUCGUCUUCUAUCUCUCAUCAACUUUUGUUCUUCUGGACUUUCUCAUGAACGUUAUCUGGCUGCCUAUUGGUGCCCAUAAUACAUGGGGCUUCCGCACCCCGCAUGAGGCAUUCUUGGUUACCUAUAACGGCACCGGUGCUCCCGCUGGAUGGAAUUGGUGCCUUUCUUAUCUUGCUACUGCCGGCAUUCUGAUUGGAUUUGAUGCCUCUGGCCAUAUUGCUGAGGAGACCAAGAAUGCAUCUUUGACUGCGGCCAGAGGUAUUUUCUGGAGUACCGUGGUCAGUGGAAUUGGAGCUGCCAUAACCAUUGUACUAUUCUUGUUCUGUGCGCCUUUCGUACCUCUCUAUGCCGUCGUGCUAGGGAAGCGUGCCCAUGUCAUCAUGAAUGUGGUGUGCGUUAUCACCUACUGGUUUGUAUGUAUUCCACUUCACCAAUCCCUAAGAGAGUUAUUCUCCGCAGCCGGCGUCCCGUCAGCAGCUGCAUAUGGCCUAAUCUGUUUCGGACGAGUAUUCCUCACUCCAAAGAAAUUUCCCAAGCCAAGAUGGAGCCUGGGAGCCCUCAGCAAGCCGUUUCAGAUCAUUGGUAUUUUUUGGAAUGGAUGGGUAGUUGCCAUUUUGUUCUCACCUUACGUUUUCCCUGUCACAGGACAGACAUUAAAUUCUAGAGGACUGUGUCUGAUACUCAAUCCCCCUAUAGAUGCUCCUAUAAUCCUGGCCGGUGUGACUAUCAUUGCGCUGGUGUCCUACUGGAUCAUUCCGGAAGAAUCCUGGUUCCCAAGUGCACGUAUCUCCAAGUUCGUGGAAGGGGAGCCCCAGGACCUAGUUGUGGAGGAUAUGUACUCUAUAUGGGACAGGAGAAGGUAUUUGAAAUCAUGGCUUUGUUUCGGAAUUGCUCUCAAAGUUCUGGCCUGCAAAGCUCAUACUCGCCUCUUCCAAAAACUUAGGGCUAUAAUUAGUAGUCAAUGCAACCUUGAUGCGCCGCAAAAUGUUUUGGAGCUAUGGCAUGCAAAGCUCUCGUGUAAGCAGAUCCAGGAGAGACUGAACAGAUCACUUCGGAAUGAAGUUAUGUUGCCAUUCUUCCGGGCAUGA